GUAUUACACUACAAUUACUAUUGCAGUAACUGUACUGGGGAGAGGACACUGAGCUUUCUUUUCCUCUUCACCAAUCAGAGUGUGUGUUUGAAUAUGGGCUCAUGUUCGGACUCUUCCAGCACUGACACGUCCCAUCAUCCCAUGCGUCCACGUGCAGCCUACUGUAUCUGACUCUAGGAUCGAGAUACUCAGAGGAACCCUAUGAUGGAGUUUUGGAAGGAACAUUCAAAAUCUGCGACAGUCGAGGAGAUGAUGCUGGACUCGAAUGCCCAACAGCUGACCCAACAUGAGCUUCCAGAGAUCCUCUCAAUGCUUCCAUGUCUCGCUGGUUCUGAUGUAUUGGAACUGGGAGCUGGUAUUGGUCGUUACACACAACACCUAAUUGGCCGGGCCCGUCACGUGACCGCAGUGGACUUCAUGGAGAACUUUGUGGAAAAAAACAAAGCGGACAACAGUCACAGAGGGAAUGCUGAGUUCCUCCAAGCUGAUGUCACACAACUGGACUUCCCUAAACACAGUUUUGACAUGGUCUUCUCUAAUUGGCUGUUGAUGUAUAUAAGCAAUCAGGAGCUAAAGUCAUUGGCUGAGAAGAUGCUCGGGUGGCUCCGCCCAGGCGGGCACCUGUUUUUCAGGGAGUCCUGCUUUCACCAGUCAGGUGACAGCAAGCGAGAUUUUAAUCCCACCCAAUACAGAACUCCCGCCCACUACAACCACCUAAUGACAUCAGUGCUUCUGGACGAAUCAGAAAAAGGCGAAAAGAAAUGCUAUGGUUUUGACAUAGUGCUCAACAAAACCGUUCAGACGUACGUCAAGAUGAAGAAGAAUCAGAAUCAGCUGUGCUGGCUCAUGCAGAAGGUUCGUCGUGAUGUGGUCGAGCAGCAUCAGGCUGGAUUCUCAACCUUCCAGCAGUUUCUGGAUAACCAGCAGUACACGCACAAAGGAAUCUUGCGUUAUGAGAAGAUGUUUGGCUCUGGAUAUGUCAGCACAGGAGGGCUGAGCACUACUAAGGAGUUUGUUGAUAUGUUGAACUUGACCCCUGGACAGAAGGUUCUGGAUGUCGGCUGUGGUAUUGGAGGUGGAGAUUUCUACAUGGCCAAGACUUUUGGUGUUGAAGUUCUGGGGAUGGACUUGUCGUCCAACAUGGUGGAGAUUGCCAUGGAGAGAGCCGUCACAGAAAAACUACCUUUAGUGCAGUUUGAGGUGUCAGAUGCCACGAAGAGAAGGUUUCCUGACUGCACGUUUGAUGUGGUGUACAGCAGAGACACGAUCCUGCACAUCAAGGACAAAGUUGACCUCUUCAGAAAGUUUUAUUCAUGGCUAAAGCCCGGUGGAAAACUUCUGAUCAGUGAUUAUUGCUGCGGAGAAGAGCCGUGGUCUCCGGCGUUUCAGGAUUAUGUGAAUCAGAGGGGAUAUAUCCUCUACACACCUCAUAGAUACGGACAGUUUCUAAGUGAGGUGGGAUUCACAAAUGUUCAAGCUAUGGACAGGACAGAGCAGUUCAUUCAAGUCAUAAAGUCUGAAUUACAGAGAGCAGAGGAAAUCAAAGACGACUUCAUACAGGAGUUUUCCAUGGAAGACUAUGAUGUUAUCAUAAAUGGAUGGAGAGAAAAACUACAACGCUGUGAGACUGGAGAUCAACGCUGGGGUCUUUUCUAUGCUACCAAAAACUGACAGAGAGGGGGACAAAAAAUAAAAAUCUUACUAUUUCAGAUAUCUGCUCUUAACAUCACUAUUCUGUAGUUAUAAAGCCACUGUCAUGUUCAAAAGACACAGUUUUGUUUUAAAGACGUGAUUUUGUUCUUAAUUCUGUGAAUUGCAGGACAGCGUUGUAACAUCAGCAUUUUCAAAGCUUCUGAGACUAACAUACUGUGAAGCAGAAAAUGAAUAAAAAACAACACUUUGCUCUGUUUGUUUGAA